UUCAAUCCGAAAGCUUGCCGCGACUGCACGCUCAAAAAUAAAAACUCGGCAGGCGGAAAACAACAAAUAAAUACUCGUAAAAAAGUGCUAACACCCCGAUCAACGCUUAUUCACCUGGCAAAAAUAUACCAACGAUCGAGGGGCGCGUAACUUGUGCGUGUGUGAUAAGCGAAACCAAUCGACAAAGGAAGUGACGGAACCCGCAUAUAUCCAACAGAAUCGCAAAAUGGGCACCACAAAGAGUUUGGCAUUGCUACUGCUGAUGGUUCUGCUGCUGGCCGAGUCCCGAGCCAAGCCCUCGCAGGAUUUAACGGAGUUAAGUGAUCUGAGAGGAAAAGGAGCUGUAGCUGGAGCAGCAGCAGCAGGAAUCAUAGCAGGAGGAGGAACAGCAGGAGGAGCUGCUGAAGAUGUGUCCAAAAAUAAGACAGCUGUCGUAAAGGAUACCCCCUUGGAGUCCGAUUCUGCUGAGGAAUCGGAUGAACUGCCACGACAGGCUUAUCCCCACCGUGACGAGGAUCAAUUGAACUCUGCCACUAAUCUGGUGCUGGCCCACAACUACAAGUACGAUGUGGAGAUCCUGGAAUCAGGAGACGAGGAAGACGAGCACGAAAGCAGCUCGAAUGAUUCAGAGGAUCUGGAGGAGCGCUUUAAGGGGCACGGUGUGGUCUUCAGUACGGACACAGACACCUUUGCCUCUGAGAAUAUCGAGAUGACGCCGGUGGACGUGCAGGCGGGUGCUGUCAGUGAGGGUCACGUGCUCCUCGGCAUUGUGGUAAUGGUACUGGCCUUGGUCUCCCUGGCUCUGUACGCUGGCCUGGUGAUAUGGCGCUCGCACCUGGAGCAACGGUAUGGAAUGCGCGAGCGACUGGUGAACCGGGAUCUCGAAGAGGAGGAGGCAGCUGGCAUCGAUGAUGUCGAUUAUCACGUCUACGCUCCGACCACCACGCCAGCCACGCCCCGGGCGUAGUCCGGGUGCAAAUCUGGUCCGAUUUGAUCCGAUCCAGUGUGUGCUUACGCGACCUGGACUUGGCAGCGGAUUAAAGUGCGCACUCACGACUCGUGUCUAUAUGAAGAGCGCACUCUUCUAAUGAAUGCCAUAAAUUUCCACGACAAGCUGAAAAGCAUUCCACUUCCCAAUUACACUUUAAACGGUGAUGAUAAAGGUCGCCUGCCAUUACCGCCGAUUUCUUAGUAACUGGCGCAAUUGACAGCGCCAAUUAGUUUGUAAGUUUCUGUGAUAUUGUUCUAGAGAUUCUUUUGUACGUCCCUUGCACUAACAAUAUGCAUAGAGCCAAGCGUUUGUAAUCGAUAAUAAAACAAGUAUAUGUUAAUUUUAACCAAA